AUGUCUCAACAACAGCCAUCAUCAUCUUCUGAUUCUUGGCUUGGAUCUCUUGCUUUACUCUUUCAAAAUCCAUACAUCAAGUACGGUGUCAUUGCAUCGGGACUUGCUGCUUCCUAUUUUGGGGUUAAAACAGCUUCCCAUGCCUACAUGGAUUACUCAGAGGAACGAUCCAAAAAAGAAAAGAAACAAAAGAUUCGCUUUCUGUUGGACAAGUUGCGUGAAAAACAUUCAAACACCUCCAACAACAACAAGACCUUGAUCAAUGGAGAGGAUGUGUUUGUCGAUGAAUUACUCGACACUGUGAAUGCCAUCUUUUAUCCAACCUUUGGAAUGAGUGAUCAAGUACCGGAUGGACUGGCCAAUCAUAUUCCAAUGGUUUUGAGUGCCUUAUAUCAAUUGAAACAGUCAGAACAUGUCAGUCAACCUCCCAUUACGAUGGAUGUUUAUUUGAAAAAUGUGGAAAUGGAUGCACAAAGGUUGGAAUUAAGCGAUACUUAUUUGCCACAUUCGGAUCAAGCUGAGAUUCUCACAAAUUGGGAACGUGACAAAUUGCAGCCAUUGCUCUCAAAAAUUAAUGUCAAUACUCUUGGACCUGAAUUGGGUGUCACAGUUUCUAAAUUUAUUGCCAUUUCAUUAAGGCAACUCUUUGACAGUAUUUUCACAGGAAAGACGAGCACGAAUCGACCAGAUCAUCUCAUUUACCAUCGUUUGAUGCAACAUUUAGUUCUUCUUCAUGCCAUCAAGGUCAAAUGUCAAGAAAAUUCUACAGACCAAACGUUAGUGAUCCAGACAUCGACAACAAACCCCACAGCCCCAACGCUCACUCUUUCCAAACAUCUCUCUCAACAAGUCUUUGAAAGUGUUCUCUCCGAUCCAAUGAUCAUUGAAUUAUUAUGUGGUUUGUCAGGAGGGGCUUUCCACCCUGCCAUCAUGUUGUCGUAUGGUGUUUUGCAAAAUUUUCACACUUCAACCAUUCUCACAGCUUUGGGCUAUUUCAUGUAUGCCUACCAUAGUUUGGCUCCAAAUGAAACUGUAUUGAGAGAAUAUCUAACUGUGAAUCAACAAGAGGAGGCGUUGGGAGAGGAAGAUGAAAUCAUUUCUAAACGCCACAAAUUCUCCACCAUGAAAGAAUUGUUUGGAAAGAUUGAAGAAUUGUAUCCUGAAUACUUUACGAAACGUUUCAGAACGGAGAGAUUCAAGAGAGUGAACUUUCUUAUUCAUAAUCUGAUGAAUAGUUUGAAAGAUGGGCUUAGGCCUCGUCACUAUGCAAAAGUUUGUUCCUUCUUUUACAUGAUCAAUGAAAAGAAAAGUAUCGUUCCAAGAUUUUCAUUGGAAGACUUUGAAAAGAUGGCCCUAGAAAUGUAUUUGACAGGUCCUGUCAAGUUCGAUAUUGUCACUUUGCAUUGCAUUACUGGAUGUUUUGCCGUGAGACUUUUAUUACCUUACAUUCAUGAUCAAAACGUUCAAGAAAAGAUUCUCUAUCACUUGUGGGAAUCUUUUGUUUGUGUUUAUUUAUUGAUUGGUGGAUCCUCUCACAUGAGAAAUGAUCUAAGUUUGAGUGGUGUGAAAGGAGAUGCAGUGGAAGAUCGUCAUGUUCCCGAAUGGAAGGAAAUUCUUCCUCAAUUGCAAGACAAUUUCGACGAGCAUGACAUUAAACUUGUUUAUACGGCCUUUGAAGAAGCCAAAAUUCAUCCAAAAUGGGAAAUUGAGUAUAGAAAGAGUGCUGCAAAGAGAGUGGGAUUAUUGAAGGUCAUUGAAAGUGAUCCUGAGAGUAAACCUUAA